UGACGUAGGGCUCACGCUGCGAAAACACCGACAGGCUCUUGUGAACGUCUCGUAAAACAGAAUAUAUCUCCACUCAAGUGAAAGUUGUUCUAACUGUGUUUACUACGAAACUAAUGCCCAUCACGGCACUAGUUUGGUAUUUGACAAGCAACACAUAUUCAUCCGCUUCUACAUGAGUGUCAAGAGCACAGCAGUACCCGGAUGGACUGUCAUGGCCGCCGUCGCUGUGGUUCCACAGAGAGGAGAGAAGGAAGGCAAAUGUUUCUGCUGUGUGGUUUUUUUCAAGCUUAACCUUCUUUUUAAUAAUGUCGGACGCUGACGGGACACAGCCUGAACUUCCAUCGAGUUCAUAGUACUGUGGCAACACUACAGGCUCCUCUUCUUCAGAAAACAUGCAUUGAUGUUUGAGUUUCUCCUAAAAGAAUACAGAAAUCUGCAGAUUUACAGCUAUGGAAGAAGAUCUCACAAUACCUCAUGAUUCUGCCAAAAACUGCAACAUAUCAGUUAUAGAGGAUGAGAAAGAAAAGGUAAAAGACUUUGUGUAUAAGCAUUUCAGAGAGGUGACAGAUGGGUCACUCUUCAAUAAUUCAGAAGAAUCGCCUAUUAAGGAACAGGGGAGUUCCACCAAGAAAGACAAACAAACCCUCAGUAAAGCCCACUGUAAAAUUCAGCAGGGGGCUGUUUUCUCUGGAAAGAUACUGAGUUUUGGAUGCUCAGUGUGUAGAGAUGAUUCCACAUAUAGCCCCAAUGAUCUCCUUAAACAUUUUCGAGCGGCCCACAAAGGAACCCUUCCUACAUAUCCUUGUGAUCUGUGUGGUUUUGUAACAAAUGAAUUCCCUGCUCUCCAACGCCAUCGGAUUGAGCACAGGAAUACUCUUGUCACAUGUGAGCUUUGUGACGAUGAUGUUCAGUACUCUCUGCUUUUGCUUACCAGACACUACAUCAUGUGUCACAGUCUAAAUGGACAGUUUCACUGUGACUGGUGCGAGUUUACAACUGUGGAUGCAGGGACAUUCGUCCAACACAUACAUCAUCAUAAUGAAAGUCCCUGGAAGUGUUCAAAAUGCAGACAUAUUAGCAUGAACGAAGAGGAUCACCAAAGGCAUAUGAAAGCUCACAUGGGUACAUUCCCUUUCACUUGUCAGAUCUGUGGAUAUGGUGCAGCAAGGAGUGACUACCUAAAAAAACACAUGGCAGCUGUUCACAAGGAGGAAACUGAGAGAAGGAAUGUGUGGAAGGCUAUAGAAGACAGUGGCACUCCCACAAAUUCAUCUACGAGUGUAAAAUUUUUGCUAAAAAAGAGUGGUGAAUCACAGGAUGUUCAACGGAUAUCAAAACUGAGCUGUCUCUCUGGGAGUUUACCAAACCAAAAUGGCAGGCUAAUCAAACCAGAGUUAUCCUUGGAGGAGACCCACCACUUUAUUGACGGGCCUGUAGCAAAAAAGGACAACAAAAGUUGGAGCAAAGGUUCUCAUAACACAGAGCAGUCAAUGCCAGUAGUGUUACAGGAAUGUGACAACUCUACAAGCUCUGAUACUGCAAAUCACACCAACCCUAAUGGACUGACUGUUCUAAUGGUCAAGAACAAAAUCUCCCUUCCCCCCAACUGUACAACCAAAGUGAUGGGAUUUAAGAUGGUUGAUGGCAAAAAACAUUUAGUUCUCAAAGUAAUACCAACAGCAAAGCAAGACUUGUCCACUGAGAACCAUUCCUCAGUUGAAGACGUGGGAUCCUCAGCACCAGAUUCUGUGUUGGAUAAAGGUAAAGUUUCUGUUGAGAAUGGGGAAUGCUCUGAUAGUAGGAGCUCAACAUCACAGUGCUUUGCUGUUUCACCAAGAAGUGGAUCUUGCAUACAGACAGAUCAAGAUGAUAUUAUGGCAGUAAAAGUGAAGAUUGAGGAGGAAGAAACCUCUGUUUGCAACCUUGAUUCCACUCCACAUCGAGAUUAUGUUGGGGAACAAACUAAUUCUUCACUAAAUAGAUCUUCAGCUUGUGCAGAUACGUUAUAUCCAAUGACAAAUGAGUUUGAUCAUGUGGGUGACCAAAGUCACCUAAGCCAAACAGCCUGCUCAGAAAGAAGUCAGUUUGAUACUAACUUAAUUUCUGUAACAUUUAACACUGAUGCAACUGGCCAUAUUGGUUAUAAAAUUAGUAAUACUUCAACAGUAUGUGCUGAGAAGGUCACUGGUUUAUCUUCACCUUCCAAAGUUGCUCAGGAAAAACUUCUCUCCAAACCAGUCAGCAAAAAAACUGUUGAGAACUGUGGGGCUGCAGAUGAGAUAUCAAUGAAUGACGCAGGGGCAGAAGAAGUCACUGACAAACACGAAGGGAACUUGUCUUUUAACACUAUAGAAAGUGAUGACCUAUCUUCUCAAAGCACUCCAGAAAAGCCUGAUAGCGUCAGAACUCAGAUUAAACAGAAAAACGGCCAGCAAAAUGGUAGAAAGCUAUUGACAAAUCCAGUUCCUCCUUCAGAGUCAUCCUCACCCACUUCAGAUACCCACAGAGAAAGUGCUAUGGGCUUAGAAAACUGCACCCAGCAUUCACCAAGCCAAGAAGUUUUUGCAUUUCACAAUUAUUCCAAGGAAACAUUCAGCACUUCACCUAACACUACCCAAAACUUUGACAAUAUGUCCGAACUUUCAGCAGACAAAGAUAGUAUUUGUGAAUCAUCACAGUUUAGCUUGACAUUGGCAGAGUCUCCAGAGCCAUUGACAGAAAGUGACAAUGGCGAUGACUCAAUUCAAGAAAAUUAUUGGGAGGCCAUGAAGAAAUCAUCAGAUAGUGACACUGCAGUUGAUGAGUGCACAGCUAGUGUUGAUGAUCCUCCGACUGAGGAUGAAAACCCUGAGUCAGUGCUCCAAGACUUUAAUAUUAUCAAAAUUGAGGAGGAGAGCAUUCCUAUAUCCAAAAAACAGUCCGAGACAAAGAGUAGUUCAACUUCCUUGGGCAGUUUUGUGGAAGAACAUUCAGAUGCAAUCAUUACCCAACAGCUUAAUAAGGAAAGAAUAGAGUCUUCAAGUGCAAGCAAUGAUUCCUCAAAACAAACAAAAACGACUCUACGAAUUCUUCAAUUGCCAGAGGGUAAGCAGCCAGUACUCCUGAGGACUACUGAGAAUCGAUUUGCCAUGCCAGUGCAGGUCAAAGCCACUCCAGGUUUCAAACUGAUAACCAAUACUGCAAAUCCUCAGAUCAAUGUAUCUUACAUGAAGCCAGGGUUAGAAAGAUCAACUAACCCUACUGGUGUAACUCUUACUCCAAACAACAAGAGGACAGGUGUAUCAGCACCAAAGCCAGGAGCUACUGAAAAAGGGACAACACUUCUCUCCGCUGUUCAACCAGGUGUUGGCACCACCUCAAAUCACUACCUUAUCAACAGUCCAGGUUUGAAGGGUCCUGUGCUCCUUUCAAGCGCACCACAUAAUAAUCCUACAGACAAAACAGCAAAGGCACAGCCAACUUGCUACUUGGUACAGAGGUCUCUUCCAUUUGUUCAGGCCCCAAGUACUCCUGGCCUCAGACUGGCAAGUACACAACUCCCACUGAAUUCACGGCCAGUUCUAGCCAUGCCUAUGAGCUCUACAGACAAACCCAGCACUCUGCAGACUGGUCGCCAAGCAUUCUUGCUCCGGUAUAUUUCUCCGCCCAAAUCAGGCUUACUGCUGAACAACCAAGAAUCAAAGACUGGAACUCAGUGUAGCCCAACCAAUGAAAGUACUGGAAACAAAGUUAUAUUUAAAAUUGUCACUUCUACUGGCAGCCUUCUUACAAGUGGUGCUCCCACCUCAAGCAGUCAACCUUUGUUUUUGGCCACCAGACCUCAGACCCAGUGUUUUCUGGUGUCAUCAAACAAAACUAAUGCAAAUGUCUCCAAUAGAGUAAAGAAACUGAUCACCAUACAAAAUACUGCACAGAAGGAUGUUAAAGAAUCCUGCAUUUCACCCUCACAGAUGUCUGUAAAGGUACAACCGUGUGAAGCAGAGAAACCUAUUCUAGCCCCAAGGCCAAUUCGGCCUCCAAGCCAAAGGAAAAGGCGCAGGAAAACAUUAUUUGAUGAGCUUCCAGCAACAGUGCAUAAAGCUAGAAGACUCUCAAAUAAAGUACUGACUGAGAAAGAGACUACUGUGUUAUGGAAGCCUGUAGCCAAAGAAGUUGAAAGGACUCUGAGACUUGCUCCAUUCAGUUCUCUACAGCAGAUCAAAUGUCCUCGUAGAUACCAACCUGUAGUGGUGCUCAAUCAUCCAGAUGCUGACAUUCCUGAAGUGGCCAAUAUCAUGAAGGUAGUUAACAGGUAUAAAGGUGCUGUUACUAAGGUCUCUCUGUCUCAGAAAACAAUCCAAGCGCUCUCAGAGCUUGGUGCUCUAGGGAAGAAGUCCUCGACCAAAGGUGCAUUGUUGCAAAGCGAUGAUCCAAGACCUCGGGCAGUUCAGAGUUCUGUCCGAGAGCGAUUCCUCCUGAAACUGAAGUUGAGGAAAAAAAGCAAAAAAAAGUACGAGGUUGUGGAAACUUUAUCAGGUUGUAGACAAGAACCUGUGGUGUUUGACUGCUGGUUUUGUGGGCGACUCUUCAACAGUCAAGAAGAUUGGAUUGGCCAUGGCCAGCGACAUCUUAUGGAGGCGACUAGAGACUGGAAUAAAUUGUUCUGAAAGUUUUCCAUCAACUAUAAAUGGGUUGAUAUUCUGUCCUUUUGAGGUGGAACAAAUGGUUGAAGUUGUAUAUUUUUUAAUGACCUUCCACUAAACGUUUGUUCAAUUUCUGGUCCUGUAAAUACAUAUUCUUAAGUGAAUCAUAGUUUAUCUUUUCAUAGGUGCAUAUUCUGGUAAAUUAUGUACUGCAAGCAUGAUUUAUAUCAUGCAUGCACAGGUCAAAUUGAACUGUGAAAAUGGUACACUGUAAUUAGGAGAUGUGGUAAGAGCACUGGCUUAAAGAAAGGGGAUAGUAUCAGCAAAGGUUGUAUGCAGAGUUGGUUUAAAUUACUCAGGUGAUUUCAUAUUAAUCUGGUUUGUCUUUUUUCUCAUAAAUUAAAAAAAGUAUAGGCCUAGCUUAAGGGACUUUUGUAUCUUUUAUUAUCCUGCACACAAGGACAGGUAACUGUAUUUGUACAGCUUAACCCUAAAGCUGGUAGAUAAAUUCAAGUGUUUUGCGCUUGUGAUGAGAAAAUGCUCUGGUCCAAAUUAUUCCUUUUUGUAUGUUUUAAUUGAAGAGGAUAACAUUUUACACAAUUCUAUUGUCAGGAUUAGUUUACAGUUUCCUUGUCAGGAUGUUGUCAACUUGUAGCAUGCUUUUGUCCUAACUAGAACAGAUUUUUCACGGUAUUCUCUUUCAUUUGCCAAGUGUUGCAAAUAGACAUUUGGUUUUAUAAAAUCCUUUUUCAAGAAAGAUCGAGUAUCUUUUAAACAGGGAUGCUUCAUGGCUCACUGUCAGUACUUGAGAAAUACAGAUCAGCCCAUUCUACACCCUAUGCAGUUUCCAUGCAAAAAUGUUUUGUUUUGCUUUCAGACUGUAAUUUUAUUUUGUGUCUUUUAAUGUUUGUACAUGAAAGAUGUUGGUGCAGAAUGUUAACAUCAGGAGUGAUGUGAUAUAAAAAUCUGUUAACAGUAAAUGUCACAGUCUGGGGUUGUCAUAGGGCUCUAUAUCCAGACAUCAGUUUUUAGUUUCCCAAGUUAACAAAACAGUUUAAUUAUUUAAAUUAUCAUAUUUCAAUAAUCAAUCAAGAAUUGUGAAACAUUUUACUGUAGAUUCUCAAAUGUAAAUUUUUGAUUGCUGUCAAGCAUCCAGUGAACUCAACACUUCACUCGAACAUUGGUCUCAAGUUGUUUUACUGUUUACAUUUGUACUGUCUUAUUACCAGCCUGUCAGUCAUCUGAAAAGCACUUUGAAUUGCACUAACCUGUAAGAAAGGUGCUAUACAAAUAAAGUUUGAUUUGAGUCAUGUCAUACUCAACAAACUGCUGCUCUAAGGUUCUCCUCUAUAACAGAAACAUUGUUUUCAUGCACAUUUUUCCUCAUUUCCUCUCUUGUCAGUGGAACACACUUCAUUCACAGAUGUUUCUCAUCAAAAGCCUAACAUUGGCUCAAAGGCAUAAUCCUAUUUUUUCCUUGUAUGCUUUUAAUUUGAAACAUCUGCAGGACGUGUAAAGUUUCAUUGACAGUAGCUUAACAGCGAUCAAAAAAAAGUGGAAAAGGAGAAAAAAGAUAAUUUAAACAUUAAAUUUUUUAGAGGAGAAACUGCUAGCACCAGAGUGGUGAGUAUGACAUGAUUGUUUGAAUUCAUCAACAGGAAGUGUUGAGUUUGUGUUAACUGCAAAAAGCACCUUAGAAAAAGCAGAUCAGGAAACAAGGAUGCAUUUUACAAAAAUAUGAUAAAGAAUACUUAUCAAAAGGCCUGUCUCUAUUAUAAGCUGGUUUCAAAUAAAGGUCUGGUUCUCCUGAGGCAGAGGUAAAUAAAGGCCCCAGUAUUUGAGAAUUUUGUUAUUUGGUUUUCUGUCAUAAAAGCAACUGGGCAACCAAUAAUAUCAGGCCCCUUUUCACUGUGCCACCCUUUAUGAAUUAACUUAAUUUGAGCCAGUUGGACCACUACCGCAGCUCUUUGGGAUAUGGAAAGAAAAAUGAAAUGAAAAUGUUUGCCCCUUGAACCUGUGUUACUGCUGCUAGUGCUGGUUACAAUAAGGACAAUGGUAAGACCAGCAGUUUUUGUGUUAGGAGGGGAUGGCUGGAUCACCCCAAAUCUCAUAACAUUUUAUUGAAAGUACAAAAAUUUACACUGCACACGAAUAAAAGAGGGUGUAUAUAAGAAAUGUGAAACAACAUAAAGUUGCUAUAGAACAAAACAAAACUGCACCCAGAGACAAAAGAUAAAAACACAGAAAAGACAUUUUUCAUACCUUAAACUGUUCUUGGUUACAUUUAAAACUAGCUUCUUAAUAUCAAAUAGUUUCAGAGGUGAUUUAAGAGUUACUCUUCUGUUAGUUUUUCAUUCUCUGUAGACAUUUAUGUGUUGUAGGAGCCCUAAACGUAACCCAUGAGUUUGGACUCAGCAUUAACUUUCACCUUUUUUUAUUGCAUUGACGUUGUACUGUAAAAAUGUUCAGUCAUGAACAAAGUCCAGUAUGCUGUACAUACAUUUAUUUUAAUGUUACAUUUGACAUACUUUGUUUUUUUUUUUUUUUUGAUGGACUUUUUUUUUCUGAAAUGGCAACAGGACAUGGACUUUGCAUUUUCAUCAUGGGUUUUAAUGAUUGUAUCACAUGAUGAUUGAAUCGUGGAAAUGAAUGUUUUAUUCCAUUCAAUAUGCAAAAGUGAUUGAACAAUGCAAGCCAUGCUAAUGUUUUUAUACUUUCAGAGUGGUUCUAAAAAGCCAGCCUCCAAUUACUGAAGCUCUGUCCUCUGCAGGAACAUGUCCACUUUCCUGCCGACAUUUGCUAAAUGUACAUUUUAAUUAACAGCUCCCAUCAACAACAGGGCAUUUUAUUUUAUAUUGGUUUCAUUCCCCUGCAUUCUUUUAUCUGAAACUUCUAGAAAUGUGGCAUCAGUUGUAGCUACAUUUCACAAGCUUUUUUUUUUUUAAAAGAAAUAGUUCAUCAACAUUUUUGGGAGGCACACUUUCUUGCUUUAUUUUCUAGAGUGGGAUGAGAAGUUCAAUGUCUGUCAUGUCUGUAUUUUCAGUUCUGAGCUGGAGUCAGGGCGAGGUUAGCCUAGCUUAGCAUAAAAACUGGAAACGGGAAAACAACUAGCCUGGCUCUGUCCAAAGUAAAAAAAAACAAAAAAAAAACACCCAUUAACACCUCUAAAUUUCACUGAUUAAAAUUUAUGUCAUUUGUUUAACCUGUACACAAACAGAAAUGCGAAAAUGACAAUUUUUGGUUUUAGUUGGAAUUAUGUGCUGGAACUAUUUCUUUUUGUUUAUUCAUCCACAAAGCCCUUCUGUGCAGCAUCUCGGGCUAUAUCAGAGAUUGCAUGUUAGAAACUGAACUUUAGUGGUGUUGUAGGUUUAUUUUUUAAAUUUGGACAGAGCCAGGCUAGCUGUUUCCCCUUGCUUCUUGUCUUUAUGCUAAGCUAGGCUAACAAUGGUCAACACAAAGAACAAACUUGAUAUCAAUUCUGUCGUUUCACUCUCAGAACGAAAGCAAAUAAGUGUAUUUCUCAAAAUGUUUAACUGUUUCUUUAAUCAAACCAGCCUAGCUAGCUCCGGAAAGCUAACUUCCCUCUUCUUAAUAAUGUCCUCCAAAGAAAAAAUAAUCUAUUUUGUUCACAUCCCAACCCAGCGAGAAUUUAAAAUCUACCCAAAUUGCUGUACUCUGUUUUAGGAGGGGAAGAAAUAAUCUCAAACUGACAUUCAGCCUGUGAAAUGUCUUAACACCAUAAAGAUCCAUGAACUGUUAUACCUAAUUGUGGUUUAAGAAUUUAAGUUAUCUCCUGUCCUAAAAUAGCCAUGUGUUUUAUAUUUCUCUAUUCAAAUAGUGGUUUUUGUAACCGAAUUCUUCAAAUCAAGGGCUACAAUUUAAAAUAUUGCUUAUAAUUUAAGGUAAAAAUAACUAGAUAUAAAGUGACUUAAGGUUUCUGAUAGUUUUACUUUCACCAUUGCAAUGAUACUAAAAUACUAUUUUGAGGUAUGUUCAGUUUUGUGAUGAUUGGUUUAAACUGAAAAGUGACUCAUCUCUGCAUAAUGAUGAGAAUCUGAUGACAGUAUUGUAGUGAUACGAUUGAUCUAACAGGCCAAUCACAAGGUUGACACAAUUGAGUGUUAAGUGCAUAUUUAAUGCAAUAAUUUAACUAAAACCCACUGUAUUUACUAAUUUGUUGGCCCACCUACUCUCUGAUCAUGUAACUCACUCCCCUCUUAGAGACUGCUUGAACUGAUUACAGCAAAUGGAUGCAAACACCAAAUGAACCCCAGGUCCUCUUUCAGCUGGUUUCUGACUGAUUCACAUGGUUUCAUUUCUAUGAUAGGAAAGUUUGGCAUGAAAACAGCCCUGUUGUUGUUUCCUCCUCUUUUUCUGCUUCUUUACCUCUCUCAGGCCAAAGAACUAUUUGGUUUUAUAAUUAAAAAUUAAUAAGUGCUGAUAGCAUUUCUAACUGUACAAAUGAGUUCUGCACUGUGAUAACUACAAACCACUCAUUCUAUGGGGACACACUACUAGUUCAGCUUAUUUCGUCCAUUGUGUACGCCUGAAAUUAAAAGUGAACAACAGUAAUUAUUCCUUUUUAAUACAUUGACAUCAAUUUUGGUUUAUACACAGACAACUUCUACAGUAUAUCCCUCUGCUGCAUUCCCUUUCAGCUGUUAGGUUGAUGAUUUUCUCCUCUUCCACACAUACUACAUCAAAUGCUGAACUCAUCAUGUACAGUAUACUGUUACUGUCCAGCAGGCUGUUCAGAUCUUUACUGAAUCUUUUUCCUCAUGCUAAGUGCCUCAAACGUCCUUUGGCAGUUUGACAAUGUGUACGGUAUUCUUUUGUGCAACUUAGUGUUUCACUCUCCUCUAAUAAAUGUACAUACCUUAUGGAAA